AUGGAUCUGGAGGGAAUGGCUAAAAUCUCCAUGCUGUUGGUGGGGCUUUGGCUACUACUUAACUGGGCAGGGUUGUCGAGUGUAGAGCGCAUGAAGUACAAGGACCCUAAACAGGCAAUCGAUGCUCGGGUUGAGGAUCUUGUUAGCAGGAUGACUCUUGAGGAGAAAAUUGGUCAAAUGUUGCAAGUUGAGAGGAAGCAUGCAUCUGCAGAUUUGGUUAAGAAGUAUUUUAUUGGCAGUGUAAUGAGUGAGGGAGGGAGUAUUCCGGCUCCACAGGCUUCUGCUGAAACCUGGGUUGAUAUGGUGAAUGAAUUUCAGAAGGGUGCUUUGUCAACCCGGCUUGGAAUUCCAAUAUUUUAUGGGAUUGAUGCUGUUCAUGGCCACAACACUGUUCACAAUGCAACUAUUUUUCCUCAUAAUAUUGGCCUUGGAGCUACUAGGGACCCUGAACUAGUUAAGAGAAUUGGAGCUGCAACUGCCCUUGAAGUUAGAGCGACAGGAAUUCAAUAUGCUUAUGCUCCUUGUAUAGCAGUCUGUAGAGAUCCAAGAUGGGGUCGGUGUUAUGAAAGCUACAGUGAAGAUACUGAAUUUGUUCAAGCUAUGACCGGAAUCAUAUCAGGAUUGCAAGGGGACAUCCCUGAUAAUUUACCAAAGGGUGUCCCUUAUAUCUCUGGAAAAGAAAAAGUUAUAGGCUGUGCUAAGCACUAUGUGGGUGACGGUGGAACAAUCAAUGGGAUUAAUGAGCACAAUACUGUUAUAGAUAGAGAUGGAUUGAUGAAAAUUCACAUGCCAGCCUACUUGAACUCAAUCAACAAAGGUGUGGCAACCAUUAUGGUUUCUUACUCCAGUUGGAAUGGUGUAAAAAUGCAUGCUCACCAUGAUCUUAUUACUGGCUACCUCAAGAAUACUCUCCAUUUCAAGGGCUUUGUCAUUUCAGAUUUUGAGGGUGUUGAUAGGAUCACGUCUCCACAUCGUGCAAACAUCACUUAUUCAAUUGAAGCAGGAGUUUCUGCUGGCAUUGACAUGUUCAUGUUUCCAAAGCUUUACACAGAAUUCAUAGAUGAUCUAACCAUGUUGGUGCAAAAUAAGCAUAUUCCCAUGAGUCGAAUUGAUGAUGCGGUGAGAAGAAUUUUGUGGGUUAAGUUCAUGAUGGGCAUUUUUGAGAACCCUUUUGCUGAUUACAGUUUGACCAAAUAUUUGGGAAUCCAGGAGCACAGAAAUUUGGCUAGGGAAGCUGUAAGGAAAUCAAUGGUCCUUCUGAAAAAUGGUGAAUCUGUUGAUAAGCCUUCAUUGCCUCUUCCUAAGAAGGUGCCAAAAGUACUAGUGGCUGGAACCCAUGCAGAUAAUCUAGGAUAUCAGUGUGGUGGGUGGACCAUACAAUGGCAAGGAGUCAGUGGAAACAAUCUUCUCAAAGGGACUACAAUUCUCACUGCUGUGAAAAACACGGUUGAUCCUGAAACCACAGUGAUCUACAAGGAGAACCCUGAUGUAGAAUUUGUUAAAUCCAAUGAGUUUUCCUAUGCCAUAGUUGUAGUAGGAGAGUAUCCUUAUGCUGAAACGCACGGUGACAACAUGAACUUGACAAUCCCAGACCCUGGUCCCGAGACCAUAACAAACGUUUGUGGAGUAAUAAAAUGUGUGGUUAUCAUAAUUUCUGGUCGUCCCGUAGUGAUUAAACCGUACCUUGGUAUCAUAGAUGCACUUGUUGCUGCAUGGCUUCCAGGUAGCGAAGGCCAAGGUGUGGCUGAUGUUUUGUAUGGUGACUACGGUUUCACAGGAAAGCUUCCAAGAACAUGGUUCAAAUCUGUUGAUCAACUGCCAAUGAAUGUUGGAGAUCCUUACUAUGAUCCCCUCUUCCCAUUUGGGUUUGGCCUUUCUACCGAAACUACUAAGGUCUUUUACUCUGCCUAG